CGAAACCAUAAGGCUAGGAUAUCGAAUAGAAAGAUACUAAAAUUUUCAUUUUGUUGCCCUCUUUUUUCUUGUCUUCCUCAGCAUUCAAGAUCUUCCAUGGCAACGAUUCUCAAUGCCGGAAUAUCUCAAUUUCCCAUCUCAAAACCGUCUCCUUGUUUCCAGUUCCACAACCGCAAAACUCUCAUUUAAAUCGGUUAAUAUUACUACUCGAACCCAUAAGAAUCCAUCCUCCAUAAAGUGUUCAAUUUUAGAUUAAAACGAUUGAGGGCCUACGUGCCUCCGGAAGAGGGUAUGAUGCUGGCAAGCUAAGUUACAAGACAGACACAGGCCCUGACCUUCUACACAUGAUUCACGGCUAUCACAGUUCCAUGAAUGAAGUACCUGGGAAAAAGGGCGACGAUGUAUUAUCCAAGCUUCGAAAUGUGAUCUCGAGCCUCGUGAGUCAAGAACGUUACCAAGAUGCUCUUGAGGUCAACCAGUGGAUAAAUGACUGGAAAGAGAGGGACGAAAUGACACCGGAGGACACUGCUAGGGAGGUGUAUUUGAUUGCAAGAGUACAUGGAGUUUCAAGUGCUGAAAAAUACUUCAUGAAAUUGUCAGAUGCCAUGAAGGAUGAAAGAACUUAUAGCGCUCUCUUAAAGGUUAAACCCUAACCUUAACGGUCCCCCACCACCCCUGCCCUGGAGCAUCGUGAAGGAGGUAAAUCGCAGGUUAUGCCUCCAAGGGUACAGGGUGGAAGGCUGUUAGUACACUUGCACUUACCCAAGAGCCAAAUCCAUAUUUCAAGAUUCGAACCCUUGACGCAGCAGCCUCAAGUAAAGCUGGAUUUCUC